CUCAAGAUGAAGGACCCGCUCAGUGGCUGCACUUACAACUCGCUGUACCAGGACCUGAAGAGGUUUUCCAAGAAUGGAGAAUAUUUCUGCAAAGAGCUGAUGACAGUCUUUCAGCAAAGGUCUGAGUUGGAGAUUAACUAUGCAAAAGGAAUGCAGAAGCUCGCUGGCAAACUCAUCAAAGCCUCUAAAGAGAUGGCCAGCAAUAGCACAACAUACCAUGCGUGGUCUCAAGUCUCUAAUGAGAUGUUCUCCAUUGCAGACAUACACAGAACUCUGGGGAAUGCUCUUCAGCAAGACGCUAUUCUGGAGAUUCGCCAGACUCUUGAUGAGCACACCAAAAGGAAGAGGCCACUUGACGGUGCCAUAGAGAAAACUGGGAAACUUGUCAUCACAAACUGGAAUGAACAGCUAAAAGUGAAAAAGAAACUGACGGCUCUAACGCGGGAGCAUGAGGCCCUGUUCAGCUUUGUGGAGAACAAUAAACAGAUCUGCACAGAGAAGGAAAAACAAAAGAUGCUGAACAGACUGACAAAAUCAGCAGAGCUGCAGACCAAGGUUGAUGAGGAGUACUUUAAAAUCAACAUGGAGGGCCACCAGAUGCGCCUGAAAUGGGAGAACACACUUAAAAACUGCUACCAGAUAAUUCAGGAGCUUGAGAAACAACGGAUAGAAAUUCUCAGCAACAUCUUAAACAAGUAUGGCCUCUACAUGUCCAGCUUUGGACAGACUCUCCUGCAUUGUCAAAAGCAAAUCGAGCAAGCUGUCAGGACCGUGGACAUGGACAAGGACCUGCAGAGUUUGGUGGACCAAACAAGCGUUACUGCAGAGGACAACAAGGCCGAGUUUUUAAUGGCUGACUAUUUUGAGGAGGAUAGCAAGACUGUGAUGGGACGAGAGAGGCGUAAAGAUGCAAUAAAAAACAAACUGCAACGACUAGAGGACUACAUUGCAAAGACAAAGAAAGACCAUGAAGGUCUGGAGAAAAUGCUGAAGACAUACAAUGAGAACCCAUCAUUCUCAAACAAGAAAAACCUGGAAGAAACACAGCAGCUGCUCGAUGAAAUCACAUUGAAACUGGACCUUUUAGUAGCGACACACUGCAAGCUGUCUGCAACAGUGGCUGAAAUAGAGGGGAAACCCAAAUCACUGCACAAAUUCAGCGAUAGCAUCACUAAAUGGAAGGAUAAGGACUGUGAGCACAGCAUCGUGCAGCUGUCACGUCCUGUGAGGAUCAGAACCACAUCAAUUCAUUCGCGACAGUCUCUGAGAAGAUCCAUCAUUUAUAAGGGUCCAGCCAAAAGCUUGCCACCACAGGAGACCCAGUCUGCCCCUGACCAGGCCGAGGCAGAAUCCAACACACCAACCCAGGAGAGUGGACUUCAGCCCAGCACAGAACUCAAUGGAGACAAUAAGUCAGAUGAGGAGAAUAUGGAAGGAGAAGCUCAGAGUCUGGGUCAAUGCAGGGCUCUCUACGACUUCACCUCAGAUAGAGAAGAUGAGCUGAGCAUCAAGGAAGGGGAUCUCCUUGACAUUUUUGAGAGGGAUGACAACGGCUGGUGGUAUGGGGCACUAAACGGACAGAGAGGUCAUUUCCCAGCAACUUAUGUGGAGGAGCUUCCUGUGUUAAAUGAUGCCAAGUCUUCUGAAGCAUAG